AUGCCUCCCAUGAGUGGCUCACAACCCAUGCCGAGGGCUCCGCCUGGCCCUCGCUUCAACUCCCCUCCCUGCCACGAGCCACGAGCCACGAGCACUAGCCUGCUGGCGUUGCCGCAUCAGCUGCUGCCCCGUCCCUCGGUGUUGGUCGCUGUCGGCUGCCGCCCUGCUAGCCGCUGGGGCUGCCACUCCCCUGUCGCUGCCACUUUUGGUUGGCAGCCAUUCGUCGCAGCCACCGAGAUGCGCAUUUGA